AUGCAGUCCGACACAAGUCCCUCUCAUUCUAGUGAAAUAAUCGCUCUGAGCUCUCCUCGCUCCGCUGUCCAUGGCGCGCCGACCAAGGUUGAAGACAAGCCCGUCAAUCCACCUCCAAUUACCUUUCCUGACGGUGGUAUUCGCGCUUGGAGCAACAUAGCGGGCUGCUUCCUCUUGUCUUUCACCUCCUAUGGGCAGCUCAAUGCCUUCGGAGUGUUCCAGACAUACUAUUCCCAGACUCUCCUGCAUGGACACUCCGUCUCCACCAUCGCCUGGAUAGGCAGCACUCAGCUCACCAUCAGCUACGUUGCUGGUUGUAUCCUCGGCCGCAUGUUUGAUAUAUACGGUUCAAGGGUUCUUCUUGUGUCAGGAUGUUUGCUCUCUACAUUUUCUUUGAUGAUGACAUCGCUGGCCACCAAAUAUUAUCAAAUCUUGCUUGCGCAAGGUUUCGGUUUGGGAAUCGGCAUCGCUCUUCAGUUCUAUCCUAUCCUCGCCGUGCCGUCGCACUGGUUCUGUGCCAAUCGCGCUGCUGCGAUUGGGAUAGUGAUUGCUGGCUCCAGUCUGAGCGGUAUUAUCUACCCUAUCAUGCUCUCACGACUCUUCGUCUCCGUCGGCUUUCCUUGGGCAGUCCGUAUCGUAGCGUUCAUGAAUUUUGGCUGUCAAGUAUUGGCAAUUCCCUUCGUUAAAGAGCGUUUCCCUCCCCGUCUCGGAAUCCCGCUGGUAGAUUGGCAGGCCUUCCGCGAGACUACCUUCUUACUCCAUGCACUUGGUGGUUUUUUUGUGGCCUUUGCAUUGUACACCCCAUACUGGUACAUCGAGCUCUUCAGCCUGCAGAAAGGUGUUGGUGCAAAUUUGUCAUUCUACAUGAUUGCUAUCAUGAAUGCGGCUGGUCUCGUUGGGCGUGUGGUCACCGGAUACGCUGCAGACAAGUACGGACGCUUCAACACUCUUGCGCCCGUCACACUCCUGGGUGGUAUCUCCGUGUUAGCGAUCUGGGCUACAUCGUGGCAUACUGCAGAGAUUGUGGUGUUUGUGCUCAUAUUCGGAUUCACGUCAGCGUCAUACUCGUCAUUGGCUUCUACUGCAACUGCGCAGGUCACCUCAGAUCCCUCUCGCAUCGGCGCACGCACCGGGAUGUUCAUGACGGCCAUGUCUCCCGGUAUUCUGACGGGUCCCUCCAUAGCGGGUGCGAUUGUGGAUGCCAGCAACGGCGGGUAUCUCGGCCUACAGAUAUUCGUUGGCGUUUUCCUUGUGGCGGGCGCGGCGUUGGCUCUGGCGGCACGGUGGAAUGGCGCGCGCUCGCUUGUGGCGGUGUUCUAA